GCCCGGAUAAUUUCGCUAAGCAAAUUAAAAUAGUUCUAGAUUACAAAAUCAUAAAUGAACACCGUCCGCAGUUCGCCAAUCGCCACCUCCUAUCCUUCUCCACGCGCAGUCGUCUCACCUUCCGUUAUAACACCACCUUGCAUGCAAGCGCCUGCUCUCCUUCUUCCUUCUUCCUUCUUCCAUGUUCCAGUGUUCCAAAAGAAUUAGCUAAAGCAAGGGAGUUGCAGAACAAGCGGAAGAUUUCUUAAAGAUGGGAUUUUUAAGUACUGUCGUUCCCUUCGCCGUCGCCGCUCUGUUCUUCUUCCUUCUCUCCCUCCGCUCGUCGGCGCAGCCGCUCUCCCGCUCCCAAUCCAAGACCCUGCUUCGCCUCCCACGCCUACUCGAGUACCCUCCGGUUCUUGCCGGAUGGUCUAACUCCACUGCCUUCUGCUACAUCCUUCCCACUCCUUCCCUCUCCGUCUCCUGCGACGCCGGCCGCGUCACCGGGCUCUCCGUCGUCGGCGGCGCCUCCGGUCCACUCUCGCCAGCCUUCUCCUCCGACUCGCUCUUCACAACACUCUCCCGGCUCCCCGACCUUACUUACCUCUCCCUCGUCUCCCUCGGCCUCUGCGGGCCCCUCCCCGCCAAGGUGGAUCGCCUCGCCUCGCUCCAAGUCCUCAACUUGAGCUCCAAUUACUUCUCGGGGGCGAUCCCGCCGGAGCUCUCCAGGGUUUUCACCCUCCAAAAUCUGAUUUUGAGCUGGAAUUUGUUCAACGGGACGGUUCCUGACCUCCAUCCUCUGUCGGCGAUCCUCGAAUUAGACUUGUCGGGGAAUAACCUAGGGCAAGAAUUUCCCUCUCUCAGCAGUAGUCUCGUCACUCUGUCCCUCAGAAACAACUCCUUUGCUGACAAAAUCCCAGCCAACCUCGCUUCCUUCGACCAGCUCCGGAGGCUGGAUUUGUCUUUCAACGAGCUCCAUGGGUUGGUUCCUGCAUUCCUGUUCUUACUUCCAUCAAUGCAGUACCUCGACCUGUCGGAGAACCGACUCACUGGCGAAGUGCCGGCGAACUCUUCAUGCAGUAUUAACCUUUCCUACGUCGACAUCUCCAACAAUCUCAUCGUCGGGCGCUUGCCUUCGUGCAUCCAAUCUAAUUCCUCGAACCGGGUAGUGCUGAGCUCGGGGAACUGCUUGAGUGCGGUGGAUUUGGGUUUCCAACAUCCAAAUACUUACUGUAAUCAAGGUGCUCUGGCCGCGGUCUUGCCUUCAGCAAACAAGAUCAGCGGAUCAAAGAGCAAUCUUGGACUCAUAUUUGGAAUUGUUGGGGGAGCCAUUUGUGGUGCUGUGCUUGUUGGACUGCUAGGUUUCUUGAUCUUUAGGAAGAUGAGAAGUGCAAAGGAUGAAGAAGACACUCGCAACAUCUUCGAGAAAACCAAUGUGGGGAAAUCUUUUGUUCAUGUGGCUCCAAGAAGCCCUCUUGAUGCAAGACAUAUGUCUCCGACGGUGAUGAUAGGGACUCUUGGCCUAGAACCGUAUCAGAUUUUCAGUAUUGAGGAUCUUGAAGAAGCAACCAAUAGUUUCGAUCCAUCAAACUUGAUUGAAGAUGGUGCUCAAGGGCAGGCUUAUAAAGGAUGGAUUCGCGACGGUUCAUCAGUGAUCAUCAGAUGUUUGAGAUUGAACCACAAAUUGUCACGUCAAAGCCUUCUUCAGUACAUGGAUAUCGUUUCAAAGCUCAGGCAUCGUCAUUUGGUCAGCAUUAUCGGAUACUGCGUUGCAAAUGACAGCGAGAACACCAACACCAUUGAUGCUAUUUUUCUUGUUUUUGAGCACGUUUCUAAUGGAAGUCUGCGGUUUUAUCUUGGCGAAUCGAGAAAGACAGAGAUUACGAUGACAUUGUCACAAAGGGUGUCGGCGACUAUUGGAGUUGCAAGGGGAAUCCAAUUCUUACAUACGGUCACGGUUCCUGGUAUAGUUGGAAAUGAUCUUAACAUAGAGAAUAUAUUGUUGGAUCAAACUUUCACUGCGAAGAUAAGCAAUUACAACCUUCCAACACUUGCCAAUUUCAGAAGCAACAAGUUAGGUUCUCGAAGCCCUUUAACUAUUUUUGCACACAAGGAAGAUCUAGGAAGCAUUGACAGUGUUGUGAACGGUGAAAAAGAAGAUAUUUAUCAAUUCGGUCUCAUUCUUCUAGAGAUUGUCACAGGGAAACCUCCAGGGUCCAAUGCUCAGCUUGAUUCUCUCAGGGCUAAGCUAGAGAAGAGUUUGGUAGAUAAGCCAGCAAGCUUGAAGGGAUUCACUGACAUGGCGAUUCGUGGAAGUUCUUCGGUCGACUCCUUGAGCAGAGUAGUUGAAGUAUCUCUCAACUGUCUAUCAAAAGAUCCCAAGCAGCGCCCUUGCAUUGACGAUGUUAUCUGGAAUCUGCAAUACUCUGUGCAAGUUCAGGAUGAUUGGGAUAGUAAUGAAAGCUUUAACGUCCAGAUCUAGUUCUUGACUUUCUUUCCCAUCUCCUAUGAUGGUAAUAAAUCAUGUAAACAUGUGCUAUUCAAAAAGUCACAGUGCUACGAUAUUUCUGUAUAUUAAUGUAGCCAUUCUUGUGUAAGACAAUACAAUAAGGUAAAUUUCUUGUUUGUUA